CUACUUCAGCUUGGAGAUGGCACUGUCUUGCAAGUGGAUGCCAGCAAGAUUCCUGACCCCCCUUCCAUCAGUUUCGCGCACAAUAUCCCGCGCCUCAAUGGCAUGUGGGACAACCAUACUGAGCACUGGAAAGGUCUGUCUGUCAUUGUCAUCCAUGGUCACCCAAUUGCAGCUGAAUACUGGCUGUUACUCUAUUGCUACGGCAAAGAGCAGCAGUGGCAGGGCACAAAGAAUAAAUGGAAUGAUUGGCGGGUCAUUGUCGAGCGUUACCAUCAAGGCAGCCCUGAGCAAUUCUGGGCUACCUUCAGUGUCAACGGAGAGCACAUGAAGUAUAGCACCAUCAUCCAGAAGCUGCACGAUAUACGCAUGUCAGUUGACUCCUGCAUUGCAGAACAGGCGCGCAGAGAGUUUGGUGCCACCUUUGAUGCUAAUUUUACCUACUGGAGGGGAGGACAAGAGUAUGUCAUAACAAAGGUGUCUGCUAUUGCGAAAAGGUACACUGAGUUAACCGGAAAGGUCUAG